AGAAAUCUUCAUAAUUGGUUAAACACAUGCUGUCAAAAAGGAAAAUACGCAUCAGAACAAGAACAAGGAAUUGUUCAAAAAGUUAUAGAGAAACUCUUAGAAGAUAUUUUAGUAAACUGGGUUGAAAAUUCAUCUUCUACUGAAUCAUCUGAUGAAAGUAGUUCACGAGAAUUUUGGUCUGCACCACCUAUUAAUGAAAUUGUAGAUGAUGAUAAUAAUGAUACUCAACAAUCUUUUAAUAUAAUUGAAGUUGACAAUAAUAAUGAUACUCAACAAUCUUCUG